AUGUCCGGAGAGGCAGGCUCAUGUCGCCUGGGCCCCGGGGCACGGGCCCGAGCGAGGAAGCCUAAGAAGCCACACUAUAUCCCACGGCCCUGGGGCAAACCCUACAACUACAAGUGCUUCCAGUGCCCUUUCACCUGCCUGGAGAAGUCCCACCUCUACAACCACAUGAAGUACAGCCUCUGUAAGGACUCCCUCUCCCUCCUGCUGGACUCCCCCGACUGGGCCUGCCGCCGGGCCCCGGCCGCGCCCCGGCCACGUGCACCCACCCCAGGCCACCCCGCGGACUCCUUGGACUCCAUGGACCCCAGCGGCCAGCCCCGAGGAGCGCUGGACGCUCCUGCCACGCCCGACCACAUGGUCACCGACGUCCUCUCCCUGCGCCGCUGGGUUGGGGGCCCCAGGCCAGGGGCCGAGGGGUCCCCAGAGACACUGCUCCCUGAGGCCAGGGACCCCCAGAAGGGUGCGGGCCUUGGUGGCCUCCUGGCCGAGUCGUGGAAGCCGGGGAGGGGUGGGGGCCCGAGGAGCACGGCCGGGGUGGACGUGCCUGCCAUGGGCCCUGAGAGCAGCGUCCCCUGCUACCCCCCGCCCACCCCCGGGGAGUUCCCUGAGGCCCAGAGCUUCCACCUGUCCCUGCUGGGCGUCAACUACCCUCUCGGCCCGGGCCUCUUUUCCUACCUGGGGCCCUCCCUGGCCGCUGCCGCCCACGUGCCCUUCCUGGCCUCAGCCAGCCCCCUGCUGCCCCCAGCCACUGCCUUCCCUGCCCCACAGCCCCCUGAGCGGCCGGCCCUGGUCCCUCGCCUGUACUACCCCCUGCUCCUGGAGCACAGCCUGGGGCUGCCGGCAGGCAAGACGGCCCUUGCCAAGCCCUCCGCCCCCGCCAAAGGGCCCCCCGAGACUCUGGUCCCUGGGCUGCUGAAGUUGCCAGUGCCUGGGCUGGGUGGGUCCUGGCCCCGUGGUGGUCUCAGGGACCCAGGGCAGGAGGGGGAGCUGGAGCGGCCUGCCCAGAGCGACCCCAAGAGGAAGCUGGCCCUGGGAGGCAGGCCAGAACCCCCGCAGGACUCCUGCAGCAGGACGAAAUUCAGUUCCCAGAGCAGCCUGAGGACCGGCCCCUCCGUGAUGCUGUGGCCUGAGGACAAGGAGCUAAGUGACCUUGAGACCCCUGGUCCUGCGGCCCCCCUGCCCCAGCAACCGCUGGGCCUGGUGCUGGGGGGCCCUGGGCACGUGGGCGAGGACCUGACUCGGGCCCUUGGCGACUGUGCCAGGGUGGAACAGCGCCUGGGCCAGCUGGUGCCUGCUGGGGGCCUGGCCCCGCGGCCUCUGCGGGAGCAGCUGGGGAAGAUCCGCCGGGAGCUGCUCACCAUCCACCAGGCGCUGGAGCGGGCUGUGCGGCCACCCGACGCUCCCCUCGACCUCUCCGUGAAACGGGCACCCGCCAAGGGGCGUGAGGUGCCCCCAGGGCUCUGGGGGCAGCCGGAGCUGGGCCCCAUGCUGGUCCGGGGGACCCCCAAGCCACCCGGCAUGCUGGCAGCCCAGCCUCUGUCCAGCCACACCACCAAGUGUGAGGCUGACUCCAGUGUCCCUCCCCCGGGUCUUCCCCUCCAGGCCCCAGAGGACCCUGUCCUUCCUGGCAGCUGGGGCACCCACGGUGGGCCUGGGGGCUCCUGGCCCCCUGAAGCUGUCCCUGGCCUGCAGAACCCCACGGGUGCCGAGGUCUGA